GCUGUCAGGGUCUAGGGGAGAGGCCCAGAAAGGACAAUGGCACAUUCUCCAGGCCUAGCGCCUUGGGCGGGAACACUCGGGAUCCCCUCCUGGAAACAUUUUCCUAUUCCCUUUUUGGGUGAGCGACAUUCCGCGUGGGUCCUUUCUGUACCCAUUAUAACCGUAACCACGGAGAAAUCUGGGGUCUGUGGAGGGACGUUAGUGCAGUCCUUUCUUGGGAUGAAAGGGUUUUGUUUUGCCAGUUAUUGUGAUUGUUAAUACCAUCACAGUCGUCAUCAUUAAAUUCCUAUUUUAAUUAAAGGACAGAAUAUUGUCCCUUUUAGCUUCUUGGGAGAGAGAACAAAGCACCGCUACCCACUCCUUGUUUUCUAAAAUGCUGAGUUUGGGGUAGGGAGAGAAAAUAGAGAGGAAGGACAGACUUGCAGAUUCCGUCAUAAAGCAAACAUUAGUCCCCUGAACUAACACCGGGAAUGGUGGAUUCUCCUCCUUUUCUCUCCCCCUUCCUUGGGAUUAGAGGAGGAGAAAGAAAAUCUGUAUUGUUUUGCAACCCAGGGAAGAAUUAUUCCUAUAUUCCCACCAAAGCUACAGCAAGUAGAAGGAGGCCUUCUCAAUUAAUCCAAGACUUCUAUGUGUGAUCAUAAACUACUAUUUAGGCAAAACAAAUUAAACAAAACCCACUGAGGAAAAAAUAAAAACAAACUAAAUCGGCUACACCCUUGGAAGCAGUUAAUCGGGUUUGUUUUUAGCUUCUCUUCCUUAUGCCUUGUUUAUUGCUGUAACGAAAUAUUAGAAGUCACCCCUACUCUGCUUGUCUAACCCCCUGAAAAAAUCGAAAAUUGUUUUGUAGGAGUGGUGAGGGUUUUCUCCCCUCUUUCUCUGUUUUCUUUUCUCUCUCUUUCCCUUUCUGCCUUUCUUUUUCUUAAGAGGAAAGGAACCUGCAUAGAUCAUGUAUCUAUACUCCACCCACCCCCAUUCCUUUCCUGGCUCCAUUCCUGUAGGAAAGUACAGUCCUUGGAAUUGGGUUCUGGUUUCACUUUGGGCUGGAGGUGGGUGGGGGUCAUGGAGAGACCAGGAGUCUCCCAAAGUUCUGCCCCACCGACCAGGGUCGUCUUUUUAGACACAACCUGUCACCCAUCCUCGUCAAGCCCGGCACUACUCCUUCGCGGUGUGGCAGCAGCACUGGCUUGGCCCAGGUCACCAUCCGCGUAGACGCGUCGGUGCUUAGAAAACAAACUCGGCCACACCGAACCAGAUCGAUCCCACUCGGAGGGUUUGAAAAUGUUCCGGGCAGCCUGCCGGGAGGGGUGGUUGUUGUUGGGCUAAAUAGUUAUUCCUGAUUGGUCAGGUGUAGGGUUCUUUUUUACUGGGGGUUGGGGGGGCAGGCUCCAAACACCUGCACGCUGGGGGCGGAAAGCUGCUGGCGAUUCCCCGGGCUGUUUAGCUGGGGACAUGAGGUAACUUCCAGCCACUGACCCUCAUUUCUCUCUCUCCCUCCCUCUUACCCUCCCUCUUUUUCUCCACCCCCCAUCUUUCCUGGAAACUCGCUUUGGGCGCGGCAGACCGCGGAGGACCACGCCGCAGCCUAACUGCUGGCCUCUCAGCGAGAGAGGGGGAAAGCAAAGACCCCAGUCCACACCUCGACGUCGGGCUCCGCCUUUCUCAGGCGGAGGAGUGGAGAUCCUAUUCAGAGGGGCUGGUAUCUCUAAAUAUGCUCCAGGAUGACGGAGCGGCCGCCGAACGAGGCGGCUCGCAGUGACCCCGCGCUCGAGGGACGGGAGGCGGCCGAGGCCCGCAUGGCCCCCCCGCACCUGGUUCUGCUGAACGGCAUCACCAAGGAGACCAGCCGCGCGGCACCGGCGGAGCCCCCAGUCAUCGAGCUGGGCGCGCGCGGCGGCCCGGGGGGCGGCCCCGCUGGUGGGGGCGGCGCUGCCAGAGACUUAAAGGGCCGCGAGGCUGCUGCGGCCGAAGCGCGCCAUCGGGUGCCCACCACCGAGCUGUGCAGACCUCCCGGGCCCGCGCCUGCUCCCGCACCCUCCUCAGCGCCCGCGGAGCUGCCAAGCGACAGCCUCAUGGUGCAGCUGAGCCCACCCGCGCUGGCGGCCCCCGCCGCCCCAGGCCGUGCGCUGCUCUACAGCCUCAGCCAGCCGCUGGCCUCCCUUGGCAGUGGAUUCUUUGGGGAGCCUGAUGCCUUUCCUAUGUUCACCAACAACAACAGAGUGAAGAGGAGACCCUCUCCCUAUGAGAUGGAGAUUACUGAUGGUCCCCACACCAAAGUUGUGCGGCGUAUCUUUACCAACAGCCGGGAACGGUGGCGGCAGCAGAAUGUGAACGGGGCAUUCGCUGAGCUCCGUAAGCUGAUCCCCACUCACCCCCCAGACAAGAAGCUCAGCAAGAAUGAGAUCCUCCGCCUGGCCAUGAAGUACAUCAACUUCCUGGCCAAGCUGCUGAAUGACCAGGAGGAAGAGGGCACCCAGCGGGCCAAGCCUGGCAAGGACCCUGUGGUUGGGGCUGGCGGGGGUGGAGGUGGGGGAGGGGGUGGUGCACCCCCAGAUGACCUCCUACAGGAUGUGCUAUCCCCCAACUCCAGCUGUGGCAGCUCCCUGGAUGGGGCAGCCAGCCCGGACAGCUACACAGAGGAGCUGGCACCCAAGCACACGGCCCGCAGCCUCCAUCCGGCCAUGCUGCCUGCCACUGAUGGAGCUGGCCCACGGUGAUGGGUCUGGGCCACCCGUAUCAGCCAGGAGGGUGCUGUUAGGUCCCUGGGAUAGUGGGCUGCAGGGCAGGUGGGAUAAGAAUUGGGCAGCUCUGAAGCAGGGCUAUGGACUUGGUGAACUUUCCUUGAUGUCUGAACUUUCAGGAAGCCUUUACUGACCUUGGGGCUGACUUUGUUUCCUAUCUCAGUGGGAGAACAGAAAAAUGGAGCAAAGUGGUAGGUACUUUUUAUGAAGACGGCACAGUCUUCCCCUUCCCCCAAUCCUUAAACUUUCCAACUACGAGGCUCAAGAAUCACUGCUUUUGGCCUGGAGUCUGGAAGCCCAGUCUUUGCUGAGACCUGGGGUUGUCAGCUCUCACUUGAGGCAUCCAACAGCCUCUGCCUUGCCUUUGGUCCCUCCCAAGCUGGCUCGGGUGGCUCUUUGGCCACUUCUAUCCAAACACAUAGGUACCCAAUAGCUGCCCAUUUCUUGAGCCCCAUCUUCAUGCAGGCCCAUGUUGAUCCAUCCAGCUUGCCAGCUGCUGCAGUCACAAGCCUCGAGGUGCCUUCUUCAGGGCCUGGUUAAAGAAGAUGGUCAGUGGACAGCCUGCUCUCAACUAGCUGGGCCAGAGGGUCAGAAAACCCAGUAGCCCUUACUUCUUGCCCUGGGGACCAAAGCUCUGCUUUCUCCCCACUGAGACUUGCCUUCCUAAUCCUGUGGCUGUGGAGACCAAGUCUGCAUCCUUGAGUGUGCUGGGUUGGGCUUUGUGUGAAGGCAAAGAAAGGUAGAAUGAUAUUAGAGUGACAUUAGAGGGAGCUAUUUUGGGCAUGUGCAUUUCACCUGCUAUAUACAUCACUGUUCAUAGUGGUGGGUGGGUGUUGGUGCUGAUUGUGGGUGUGCAGCCCUGUCUGUGAAUUCUCCUGGCUGCUCGCAAGGAUUUCCCUGGUACAGGACAUCUGUUUGCUAGUGGUCUGGUUUCUGUUCUGAAUUGAGUACGAACUGUCCUGUGAGUUCUUUGCAUUUGGGAUUUUUGCUUGACAUAAGUUAUUGAUGGAAUCUUUAGGUCUCAAUAUGACCCCGGGGUCCAGCCCCACUUCUAGGGCAAAGGAGAUCCAAUCAGAGACCAGGCCUUGGCUAAGACCCAAACAUAGGCACAUUCACUAAGCAGAACCUUAAACACCCCUCGAUUAUGCAGCUUUCAGUUCUCGAGGGUGUGCGUGGGAGUUCGGUUUAAUGCAAUAGGAGUGCCCCCCUCCAAAAGUUGUACAUGAAAGUUUUGUAAAUCAAAUGCUUAUCCUUCGUCUUUUGAAGUAACUACUGCAAGUCCUUUUGUAAAGUGAAGAAUUCUUUUGUAGAGUGAACCAUUGCUCCCUCAUUUAUUUCCUGUGUCAAUACAGAUGGUGGGACGAUGGUUUUCUUAAGGCGAGGCUUGCCUGUGACCUACAUUCCAAGCCCCUGAGACAAACUGCACAGAAGUCCUAUAUGUCUGUCAUUGUGCCCUAAGUCAUCCCAGCCCUCUCCCACCUCUUCGACAUCAGAGGGAAGAUACCUUAUGGCUCUGUCCUCCCAUGUAGCAACUCUGCACAGUGGCUGUCCUGGAAGAUGCUCUCAAAGCUGAGUUUCAGUGCAGCCCCUCACGGUGAUGCAGUCUUGAGUUCAGCCAUAUGCAGAUAGAGGAUGAUCUCUGCCCCUACUUCCUUUUAAGUUGUCAGGGCCAAUUCUUGGGCACGGGGGCAAGAUGUUUAACCCUGAGGCACUCUUGAUGCUCCAUCCCAUCUCCGAUGCCCCAGAUAGUGUUGGUGAACACUAGGGUGAGUUCUUUCCCAAUGCUUGGAAGAUCCUCUGAGGAGUCCUAUUGGUCUAAAGAUGGAGCAGCUGUUCUGGGAUCUAAGGCUGUGUUUGUUUCCCAUUGGAUCAGUUCAACUUGGGAAUGAAAAGUGGCCACUGUGGAUGGGUGGAUGGCUUUAUAAGGUGGAUCACAUAUUCUGUUCUGUCAGAAACUCAAAUUUCUAGUUCCCUGCUGUUUCAGAUUUGCUGUAUAACUGGGAGAAGGCAUCUCUCCCAGUGUCACUGCACAUAAGUACCCUGGCUUGGCCUGUCUCUCAUGCUGUGGGGUGGACUGCAUGGGCUCAUGAAAGUAGAAUUAUUUUGAGACAUAAAUAGCUCUGUUGCCCUCAAUAUCAAUCCUGCAGCAGGUUUUUCCGGUCCUAGUCCAGGGCGGAGGCAGUGGGCCAGUCUGCUACAUUGCACAGCAUUUGGGCAAUUUAGAUUAUAAACUACUUUUGCCUGAACUAUCUGAAAUGUCCUCAUUUCUCCAGAUUGUCAUCCAGACAGAAAUUAAUUCUCUCAUUCCAAAGCAAAGGGGGACAGGAAUGAGAAUGGAAGAGAUGGGAACAUGGGCAGAAUGUGUAAAAUGUAAUCAACUACCCCUAACAGACUUGAAUAGGGAAGGGCAAGACUUCUAGGUCUUUGUAAGCAUUAAAGAAGACCCCCAAUUUUUAUUUUCAUGCUCUACACAUACCCCUGCCCUUCUCUUUCCUCUGCCUCCUCCUUCCUCAUGAAGAAAUGCAACAUUCCAAGAAUGGUAUCUGUACAAAAGAGAAAAAAUGCAAAGGUGAAAAAAAAAUAACAUUUAGGAGAAGAACUAAGAUGAAUGUAACAACUGGAAGGAAUCACACUUUUUAAGAAAAAUUCAUAUUAUUUUAUUUUUAGUGUUAAAUGACAAGAUGGUACAACCUUUAUUCUUUUCCAAAAUUAAAGCAAAGGGCACAGAAUCUAUAAUCGACUGUUCCAGCCUUUUGGGAGUGGGUCUAGCCGUACUUGUGAUGUCAAUGGUACGUGACCCUCUGCCGAGCCUCUGCCGAAGGCUUGCCCCCUGCCCAUGUACAUAGCUCAUUAUUUUCUGUGGGCAGGCCCAGCACUUUCCGUCAAUGUUGUACUGUAUGUGACAAGUUGCGUUGGUCUCUGCAUUUUUCUGCAGAAGAGGAGUAACCGCUCCAGGUACCUUGACCUUUGUACAGCCCAGAGGCCAACACUGUGGGUGUGUGACUCUUUAGCAAAAACAAAACAAAAAAAAAAAAAAACCUGUGUGGUGGUGAUGUGUGUAUAUAUAUAAGGCUAUAUUGGGAAGAUUUCUAAAUAAAAGUUUUACA